CGGGAAGGGAAAUCCGAAAAGGCCGAGAGUAUAGAAGCGCGCCGGAAUUCGACUCGGAAGCGUCGAUGAGAUGACGGAGGUGGUGGAGGACGACGCCGAGUUCCUCUCGCUGGUGGAAGCGGCGGAGGCUGCGGCGGUCGGAGGCAGCGCCAAGCGGCAGAAGCUCUCCUCCGUCGCUAGCAUCCCCGCCACCGAGGAGGGCUCCUAUAUGGCCGCGCUCAGAGGCAGCCAUAGCUCCCUCUGGCAGCAGCAGCAGCAGCAGUUGAAGCUCAGCCAAAAGAAGGGAAACAACAGCGGUGGCCUACGAACCGGCAGCAACCCACCGCAUUCGUCAUCCUCGACCACUGGCGGCGCCUGCUUCAAGUGCGGCAUGGCCGGCCACUGGGCGAGGGACUGCGACGCCGCGCGCGGAAGGGAACGGGGAGAAGGAUCGGUUUCCGGAGGCGGUUUUGUUGGCAGAGAGGACGACGGGGUGCCACAGAAGGCGUGCCCUUGUGGGUCGGGGACAUGUUUGGUACGCACUUCUAACACGGCCAAGAAUCCAGGGAGGAAGUUCUAUACUUGCCCUCUCAAACUGGACAAUGGAGGCUGCAAUUUUUUUGAAUGGUGUGAUAAUCAAUCGUCAAGUCUCUCUUCUUCUCGAAAACCCUUGAAUCAUCAACCUAGCUUGUCAGUUCCAGGCCUUCAAUGCCCAUGUGGUGCUGGCUCUUGCUUAGUGCUAGUCACAAAAGCCGGAAAGAAUGUGGGUCAGCAGUAUUACCGUUGUCCACUGGAUGAGGGGACUGGAUCCUGUGGCUUUUUUAAAUGGUGCAAUGGCAAGGACACCACCACCACUGAACACACGUUUGGUUCUGAAAAUCCUGUUACAUGUGAAAAUUCAAGCAGCAAGCUCUUUGGUGACAGGAGCAGUUCAUCUUGUUUCAAACGUGGGCAAGCUGGCCAGUGGUCCAGGGAGUGCACCAAGCAGUCAUCAGAUAAUUAUUACAUGGAGACAGGGGUAAAGCAUCUUGGUUCCACAGCCUCCGCAUGUUUCAAGUGUGGUAAGUCUGGUCACUGGGCUCGAGAGUGCCCUUCUAAAUGACCUUGGCGCUGCAUCUGGCGCUUCCAGGAGGACAAAAGCUUAUCAUAUCUAGGAGAGUUGAUCUUUGAUUUGGAGUGUCCAUGUUAACUGAAUCAAGCACUGUCUCUCCCUCUCCCUCGCGACGAGGCAAAGGUACAGAUAAAGAAAGAGACAUGUACCGAAUAAGUUUCUCUUGCUAUUUAUAUGUGCAUGUUUUUGGUGAUGCAGCAAUUGCCGUCACAUGUUUACGCACAACUCCAAUGUGAUGACACGAAGGGGGGUGGCAUGUCUUGUCCAAAUACUUCUCACAUGAUAACAACGGGCUCAGUGGGGACAAUGGAUUGUUGCCUCGUCGACAAAUCCCACACUUU